AUGCCUACUAAUCAGCCUAGUUCUGUUGGCUCUCAGCCCCCUGGAUCUGCUCCUACCAGAAGUAAUCUUGUAAGAUCCAAAAGUCUGAGAUUGCCAACCACAAAGCCCAAAACCGAACAAGGCUCGAGCACUCUGAGUAGGCAUGGAAGCAUCAGAGGACCGAGAACAUCUACCUUAACGGCCGCUAAGUCUUCACUCACAGUUUCUAAGAAACCUCCUGUGAAACCCAAGCCUUCCUUUUGCAGUUCCAAAAGUAACGAAAAUCUCGAGAAUUCUUCUUCGAGGAAUGCACAUAGUGCGGAUGACAGUAAAAAGUUGCCGUAUUCUUGUCGUUCGCCUGUAAAACAGGCUGAUGGUAGAGGGGUUUCAUUCACGGAGAAGCAUCUGACUCCUUCAAGUUCACCUACUAGCUUGCAGAGUGACAAGAGUCAAUCCCAAGAGGGAAGUUCUUGGUGUACUUCCGAUUUGGCUGUUCAUUUGAAAAGGCUUACAGAGGAACAUGAAAAGUUGCAGGUUGAAUAUGCAAGACUUCGAAUGCAGCUGAUUGAAAAUUCUUCCUUUCACCCCGUGUCACAAUUAAGAAGAGAUCAGCAUUUAUCUCAUUCAGAUUCUCAUUUGUCUUCCAUUCCAGAAAAUUCUCCCGAUGGCGAUUGUGUUCUAAGUAAAGAACAAACAUUAUUUCAAGCCCAAGAAACAUUAGUUCAGAAUUUGAGAACUGAAAUUUUUCGUUUGCAAGAAGAAAAUAAGAAGCUGCAAAGAAAGUACUGGGAACAGAUCCUUAAUUCUGAAUUACUAGAAGAUGAACCAUGUAAUGGGGCUUCUGAGCAGGUAGUUGUACUUAUGGACAAAUUAGAUGAUAAAGAAAAGGAACUUUUAGACGCAACUGGCAAGGUUCAAGAACUUGAAAAUCAUUUAGCUACAACAAACUUAGAGCUGCAACAGUGUCAUGAUGCUCUCCAAGAUCAGCAGCACAUGCUAGAAGAUUUGGGCUGUCAAAAAGUAGAUUUGAUCAAACAUUUACAAGAGUGUCGAUCUGCUCUAUCAGAAGCAAGAGAAAAUAUCGACUUUCUCCAAGAUGAAAGAACCACUUUAGCUGAAGCUCUGCAGGAAGCUGAACAAUCAUUGUCGGAAGUCAAAGCAGAAAUGAGAAAGGAUCAAGAGCAAGUAAAUGAGCUCAUGGACCGGGCUCGAAGACUUUAUGCCAAAGUUAAAGACAAGAAUUUGCAAGUUCAACUACUGCAAGCUGAACUGGAUAGAACUCAAGGAAACUGUCGAGAUAUGCUAUUGAGCCAAGGAGCUGAACUGACAAUGAUAUCUAUGCAUCUUUCUCAGAUGUCAAUGAGUAUUCAUUCCCUGCUCACAUCAGCUGCUGAAUUUGCUGCAAAUGAGUUAGCUCUUCAGAAAGAGAUGUUAGAAGAUGUAAUGGCAGACUUGGACAGUGAAGGAGAGCGCAGUGAUUCUCCACCCAAGCAAACUAUUCUCAGCUCUGAUUCUCACAUUCCAAACUCAAUUGCUCUUUCCUCCACAAGCUCUCUCUCGAGUGACAAAUAUGUUGAUGCUCACAAAUCUUUGCCAGAUAUAUCUAACUAUGAACCUUCUAGUCCUUUGUAUUCUUCAGCUUCUAGCAACUGUGAUCGACCGGUAUCAUUUGUCCAGUCAAUGGUGCGUACUUAUGAACAAUCUGCCAAAAGCGAAUCCAAGUCGAAACAUACUUCAGAACACAAUUCUGAUUCUGUAAAGAGCUCCAUAGAAAAUUUGAGUAGCAUUAAUGGUGACUUAAGUCGCAUAAGCUCGCCAAGUAAAGAAAGCUCUCCAGUGAUGAAUAAUGCUUUUAAACCAAUCGGCAUGGCAACGGCUUUCCGGCCUGUCAGGCAGCGUAGUGUGGAGACGGACAUUAUUCCUACUGACACAAUGACAUAUGAAGAGGAAAAGAAGUCUUCAUUUGAAAAGCAGCUUAAACAAAUGGAUCAAUUAAUCAAAAAAUUUGGAAAAGUGAUAGAACUUAUGCAAGGAAAAUACUUAUCUAAAAUUAAAUUACUUAAUGAAGAAAAGAAUAAUGCUUUAGAAGAGUUACGAUCAUUCAAGAAUAAGCAUUAUGAACUAAAAGCCGACUUUGAUAUCAGGAAACAUGUGAUAGAUAAAGGAAAUGAUAAAGCUAAAGUCCUCGCAGAAGAGUUGGAAAAAAAUAAGAAAAAGCACGAGGAAGAAAAAGAAAAACUGGGUCAAACAAUUACAGAGUUAAAUGAGAAACUUUGCUGCUUGGAAGCAGUUAAUGCAGAACAGUCACAGCAAAUAUCCAAUGAAGUGAAGCAGAUGAUAACCAUGGUUGUUACAGAUUCCAACUGUGAGUUUUUAUCAAAUGCUCAAGCUAUUUGUGACAAGCUUAAUUAUAAGCAAGAAAUUGCUAAACUGAAGGCAAAAAUCAACGAAAAGGAUCAGCUUUUACGUCAGUUGGCUCAAAAGUUUACUAAGACGAGUGCCUCUCUUGAAGAGAACUUGCACAAAACUGAAAAAGAGGUUUCGGUACUUGACAAUGUCAUCCAAGAAGUAUUUAUUAUUUUGCAGCGCAACCCAACCUUGAUAGAAACUCAUGAGUCUUUGAAGGAAUUGUAUUCUCUAGUCAGUGGUAAUUGCACUUUAUCAGGGAUUGACUCUUUUGUUAAAACAAAUGACGAAAAUGUUUAGUGCUUCAUAGUAUUUAAAAUAAUUAAUUUAUUAGUUUUUUUAAAUACAAAAAGCACAUAAUACAUGUUUCUCUUAAUGUUAUUUUAAAUGAAAAAUAAAUUGUUCAAGAAAUUAUAUUUUUUCAAGUAAUUAUAUUUUUUCUUUGAUUAACAAUUUUAAACUAGAAAGUCUGAAAUAUUAACUCUUAGUGUUUUGUACAUUUAAGAAGGUUAAUUAUGAACUCAAAAGCACUCUGCCAGCUCAAAAGCAUGAGACUGUAACCAAAGAAAUGACCAAAUAGUGUUAUGUUUUUAAUUAAAAUUUAUUUUAUUUUUAUAUUG